AUGGUAUUUACAGAUUAUAUCAUUUCUAUGCAUUUUUCAAGCGAAAAAGAUAUACCAUAUAGCUCCGUGACAAACUUGCUCAAAGAGAACUUAAAAUUCUUGGGACAAAUUAACGCCUGGUGCGAAGCUUAUGCCAACUUAGUUGUACAAGCUAUUAGUUCCCAGGGAGCCUAUACAUUACCUAGAGGUGACAUUCUUGGUCCCGAUACCGCUGUUUUCCUUAUUACCAGGUUUUUAAACAUUAUUAAAUACAAAGACAGCUUGCAUUUUGCAUCAAUUCUUUGUUUUAUUAUUAAAUGGAACGCUCUAUCAGAUAAUGAUAAACGACAAGAAUUUCCGCCAGUUGCACCAAACUUUGUUGUGGAAUUAUGUUCAAUGACCAGUUCACCUCAGUAUAUUCAUAGAAAAAUGUUGCUAUGGAUUGGUGCGGGAGUUGAGGGAAGUAGACUAGAAGAAAUAUCAAUUGAUCAAAUUGCAAAUUCACCUACAGUGAGGAUCUAUCGCUACGAUACCAAUACUAACAAUGUUGUUAGGCAGGAGUUUGUGAAUCCUCAAUAG